CGCAAACGCAUGUCGAUCAGCCAAUUUUGUGUAACCCGGAAUCGAAAAUUUCUAACAAAGAAAAAGAAUGGCGCCAAUAGCUCUUGAUCGUGGCAAGCGCAAGGCUUCUGAGGAGUAUGCUGAGGGGGAUGACACUGUGCAUCGGGUGAAAAGAGCGAGAACGGAGUCUCCUAAAGAAGAUCAGGAGGAUGACAAACAAGUUCUCAAACUUGUGCCGUAUCCGGAGAAGCCCGCGGUUAUAGAGGAACGGAAGGGGGAAAUUGAAUUUCGCGUUGUUAACAAUGAUGGCGAGCGGGAAAGCUUUAUCAUUCUCACUGGUCUCAAAUGCAUUUUUCAGAAGCAGCUGCCAAAGAUGCCGAAAGAUUAUAUCGCCAGACUAGUGUAUGAUAGGACUCAUUUAUCGAUUGCCAUUGUAAAACAACCGUUAGAGGUCGUCGGGGGCAUAACAUUUCGCCCUUUUAAAGGAAGAAAAUUCGCAGAGAUUGUGUUUUGCGCCAUAUCCUCUGAUCAACAGGUGAAAGGUUAUGGAGCCCACUUAAUGUCACAUUUAAAGGACUACGUGAAAGCUACCUCGGAUGUUAUGCAUUUCCUUACAUACGCCGAUAAUUAUGCCCUCGGAUAUUUCAAGAAACAAGGAUUUACGAAAGAGAUCACACUCGAAAAAUCCGUUUGGAUGGGCUAUAUCAAAGACUACGAAGGGGGUACAAUUAUGCAAUGUACAAUGCUCCCGAAAAUCCGGUAUCUCGAGGCUGGGCGGAUGCUCUUAAAACAAAAGGCAGCAGUCCACGCAAAAAUUCGAGCCUUUAGCAAAUCACAUAUUGUCCACGCACCACCCAAGGAAUGGAAGAACGGCGCCUUUAAAAUCGACCCUCUCAGCGUACCUGCAAUUAAGGAGUCUGGAUGGUCGCCUGAUAUGGAUGAGUUGGCCCGCCAACCUCGCCAUGGUCCGAACUAUAACCAAUUACUUCACCUACUCAACGACAUGCAAAAUCAUUCCUCCGCCUGGCCAUUUGUUCAACCUGUCAAUAGAGACGAGGUCCCGGACUAUUAUGAAGUGAUCCAAGAGCCAAUGGAUUUAUCAACAAUGGAGGAAAAGCAUGAGAAGGAUAUGUACCCAACACCGGAAGAUUUCAUCAAAGACGCCAACUUAAUUUUUGAUAACUGCCGAAAGUACAACAAUGAGAACACCGCGUACGUGAAAAGUGCAAACAAACUUGAGAAGUUUAUGUGGCAGCAAAUCAAAAAUGUUCCUGAGUGGUCGCACUUGGCGGAUUAAUAGGAGCUGCAGUUUUAAAGAUAUCCCUUGUGACUUCAAUGAUAGGUGAAUAAUCCUUCCCUUUUGUUUGGGAGGCGAGGGGUGUUUACUUUGGUUGUUUUGUAUUUAUAGCAGAUAUAAUUAGCAACCUACCAUAUAUACCCUAUAAUUAAACAGCAAACAUCUGUAAUCGACUUAGUUGUUGCCUACCAUUACUAUGGGGUGCGUUGAAACAAAUUCCGUAUUAUUAGGGCAGGACUUCGAUAUCCCGUGACCUCUUCCCCU